AAAUAGUGGUGCAGACUGAGGAGCAUGUGACCUGACCGAGUGAUUGUCACAUGACAUGUCGUGACGCCGUGUUGUAGUCGGUCAGCUGUUAGCCUAGCACAGUACAGUACAGCAGUGCGGAACAGCUGUUGUGUUUUUAUCUAAUCGCAUUCUAUAAAGAAUCCAGGACAAAAUGGAUAUCCGUGGGGCUGUGGACGCUGCAGUCCCAACCAACAUCAUUGCUGCAAAAGCAGCUGAAGUUCGGGCUAAUCUGGUCAACUGGCAGUCUUAUCUUCAGAGUCAGAUGAUCUCUACAGAGGACUGUGAGUUCAUCAAGAAGUUUGAAAAGGCCACCUCUGAAGAGAAACAAGUCAUUUUGACCCAAGAGGGGCACCAGUGUGCCAAGACGUUUCUGAACCUGAUGGCCCAUAUCUCUAAGGAGCAGACAGUCCAGUACAUCUUGACUCUGAUUGAUGACACUCUGCAGGAGAACCAUCAGAGAGUGAACAUCUUCUUCGAUUAUGCCAAAAAGACAAAAAACACUGCCUGGUCCUACUUCCUUCCAAUGCUCAAUCGUCAGGACCUAUUUACUGUUCAUAUGGCUGCAAGGAUCAUCGCUAAACUGGCUGCCUGGGGGCGGGACCUGAUGGAGGGAAGUGAUCUGAACUACUACUUCAACUGGAUUAAAAGCCAACUGAGUUCACAGAAUCUACAUGGUUCAGGUCCAGAAACAGGCACAGGAGCAGGGACGAUUUCCCCCAGUGAAAGCUCUCAGUACGUUCAGUGUGUGGCUGGCUGUCUUCAGCUGAUGCUGAGGGUCAAUGAAUACAGGUUUGCCUGGGUCGAAGCUGAUGGAGUCAACUGCAUCACAGCAGUUCUGAGCAACAAGUGUGGCUUCCAGCUUCAGUACCAGAUGAUCUUCUGUAUAUGGCUCCUGGCCUUCAGUCCUCAGCUUUGUGAACAGUUGAGACGCUACAACGUAGUCCCCGCCCUAUCCGACAUCCUUCAGGAGUCUGUUAAGGAGAAGGUCACUCGAAUCAUUCUGGCUGCCUUCAGGAAUCUGCUGGAGAAGUCUGCUGAGAGGGAGACUCAUCAGGAAUACGCUCUGGCCAUGAUUCAGUGCAAGGUGCUGAAACAGCUGGAAAAUCUUGAACAGCAGAAGUAUGACGACGAGGAUAUAACCGACGACAUUAAGUUCCUGCUUGAGAAGCUGGGAGAGAGUGUGCAGGAUCUUAGCUCCUUUGAUGAGUACAGCUCUGAGCUCAAGUCUGGCCGUCUGGAAUGGAGUCCUGUCCAUAAGUCGGAGAAAUUCUGGCGUGAAAACGCUGUCCGCCUGAAUGAGAAGAACUACGAGCUUCUCAAGAUCUUGACGCAUCUGUUGGAAGUUUCCGAUGACCCUCAAGUUAUAGCUGUGGCAGCUCAUGAUGUUGGAGAGUAUGUGCGACAUUAUCCACGUGGUAAACGGGUGAUUGAGCAGCUGGGUGGAAAACAGCUGGUGAUGAAUCACAUGCACCAUGAAGACCAGCUAGUCCGUUACAAUGCCCUGUUGGCUGUGCAGAAGCUGAUGGUGCAUAACUGGGAGUACCUUGGCAGACAGCUGCAGUCCUCUGACCAGCAGCAGGCCCCGGCUGUGGCAGCCCGAAGCUGAACUCUUCAUCUGCAUGUGUGUUUAUAUGUUAUUGUGUGGAUGAGUUGAACUGCACUGUAAUCAGUUUCGCAUUUUGUGUAAUGAAUUAGAAAAACGUCUAACUUCAUGGUUCCUUCUUCCAGCCGCGCCUCCCACGAUCCUCGAUGUGAACUGAUUUAACUGUUGUUUCAUGUUGUGACCUCCGCUUAGUGAUGUGUGGUGAUUGAAUUUGCACUUUGUCUGUGAUGUACAAAACUGCAAUAUAUUUAAGUCUUGUAAAACAUUCUAUGAAUCCCAAUAAAGAUGUUUACCUGA